CUGACAGGAAGCACUUUCUUUUCGAGUUCAUCAGGGAGAAGAAAGCUGCAACAUUGAGUUCACAAAAGAUUUGUGAACUUAUAGGCUGUAUCAGAAGCCCUUUCUUUUAUAGUUAUUCCAACUAUCUACCAUCUACUCCCCAGCCUUCACAAGAUGACACAAAAUAAAGCUGCCUGGAUUACAGCUCCUACUGAACAUCCCUUCACUAUCCAGGAGGCCCCAUAUCCCACACCAGGAUCCGGAGAGAUCGUGGUCCAGAAUGCUGCUAUUUCUAUUAAUCCCGCUGACUGGAAAGUUCAAACAUAUGGUGCCCCUUGGCUGAAAAACUGGCCAUUUGUUUUGGGCACAGAUGUCGCUGGAGUGGUGGUUGAUGUAGGCCCCGAUGUGGUCCGCUUCACCAAAGGUCAGAGGGUCGUUGCGUAUUGCCACUGUCUAGGGACCGGGAAUCCCGCCAACUCAGGAUUCCAGUUAUACACCUUGGUAAAAGAAACCACCGUGGCAGGAAUCCCAUACUCAACCACCUUUGAGGAAGCAUCCGUCCUACCGCAGGCUAUCUCGACUGCUGCGGCAGGUCUGUUCCUCAAAGAAAGCCUUGAUCUGCCCAUCCCCCCUCCUACUGGUGUGAAGCCGACAGGCAAAUCGAUUCUUGUCUGGGGUGGCGCGUCUUCAGUCGGUGCAACAACAAUCCAACUCGCAGUAGCAGCAGGUCUAACAGUGAUCACAACUGCAUCGGCCCAUAACCAUGAAUUGGUAAAGUCUCUUGGUGCAACUGCUGUUUUUGACUACAAGUCCCCUACUGUCGUUGACGAUGUUGUCAAUGCGCUCACUAAUACUGAGUUCAUUGGUGUCUACGAUGCUGUUUCUGAACCUGCAAGUCUUGAACUGGUGCGUGCGGUCCUGGACCAGUUGAAAGCAGAUGUUAAGACUAUAUGUGUUAUACCUUACGAUAAACCUACGGAACGGUUUGCGCCUAUAUUCAUCAGUUCCAACUUUCUGACUUUUGACUCAAACAAACAUGUCGCGGAGGGUAUCUGGAGAGACUUUGUCUUCAAAGCCCUAGAAACUGGACGCCUUCAACCGAAGCCGGACCCUGAGGUGGUUGGGAAAGGGCUGGAAAAGGUCCAGGAAGCUGUUGACAUCUUAAAGAAGGGCGUCUCGGCUAAGAAGAUCGUUGUCACUCUGUGAUCGUCGAGAUGCUAUCAAGUUUAUAGGAAAGUCUUUUGGCCCAGGUUGCGUUAUACAGUAGAUAAGGGUUAUUGACAAGUCG